AAACACAAAUCUGAGCCCUCUCCGCCUCUCGAUCUUUGCCCCAACCCGAACCCUAAUCUCUCUCCGACCCUCCCUAGCCCGAUCUGUUCGGCGCCGCCUCCUCCUCCUCUUCACCGCCGCCUCAUCCUCUUUGUCGACUCACCCUCUCUCGAGCACCGCCAGCCCUCCUCAACCACUUCGGCCACCACGUCGACCACCUCCUCCUCUUCUUUUCAAGUCAACUUCUUCAAGGAGUGUGAGAGAUUUGAGUGCGAGAGAGAGAAAGUGUUGAAAGGGAGAGAAAUUUCAGUUAAAGAGCGAGAAGAGAGAUCGAGAGGCAGGAAAGGAGCCACCUUUUCUUUUUUUUGUUGUGUUACUAGGUGAAGAACAGUGAAAACAGAGAGAUCAUUCUUGUUCUGGGUCAAGCACAAUGGCCACCAAACUCGUGGUUCUUGGAAUCCCAUGGGAUGUUGAUACUGAAGGGCUCAAGCAGUACAUGAGCAAGUUCGGGGAGUUAGAUGAUUGCAUCGUCAUGAAGGAAAGAUCUAGUGGUCGAUCUCGUGGCUUUGGUUAUGUGACAUUUGCUUCAGCAGAUGACGCAAAGGCUGUACUGGAAAGUGAACAUGUUCUUGGAAACAGAACACUUGAGGUGAAGAUUGCAACGCCAAGGGAAGAAAUGAGGCAGCCAGCCAAAAAAGCAACUCGAAUUUUUGUAGCUAGAAUCCCACCCGAUGUUACAGAGGCAAUGUUCCGAAGUUACUUUGAAUCUUAUGGAGAUAUAACAGACCUUUACAUGCCAAAGGACCAAGGUUCAAAAGGACAUCGUGGGAUUGGCUUUAUCACUUUUGAUUUAAUAGAAUCUGUCGAUACCAUAAUGAAUGAGACUCAUGAACUUGGCGGUUCCACUAUAGUUGUCGACCGUGCUACUCCAAAGGAUGAAGACGUCAAGUAUCCAAGCAGAGCAGCACAGGGUGGAUACGGUGCAUACAAUGCUUAUAUUUCAGCUGCCACUCGUUAUGCAGCUCUUGGAGCUCCUACGUUGUACGACCACCCUGCUUCAGCUUAUGGAAGAGGUUUUUAUGGGCCUCCUCGUGGGAUGGGCAAGAAGAUUUUUGUUGGAAGACUUCCUCAGGAGGCAAGCGUUGAUGAUUUGCGCCAAUAUUUUGGCAGAUUUGGCCGUAUUUUGGAUGUUUAUAUCCCUAAGGACCCGAAAAGAAGUGGUCAUAGGGGCUUUGGUUUUGUUACUUUUGCUGAGGAUGGUGUGGCAGAGCGUGUAUCUAGACGCACUCAUGAAAUUCUUGGACAAGAGGUUGCCAUAGACUCUGCAACUCCACUCGAUGAUGCUGGUCCAGGUGGAGGCUACAUGGAUGCUCCAGCAGAGCCAUUUGGUGGCUAUGGUGGCGGGCCAAUACGCAACUAUGGGAGGCUCUAUGGGAGCCUUGAUUUUGAUGAUUAUGGCUAUGGAGCAAGUGGGAGCAGUAGCAGGCCUUCAAGAAUGGAUUGGAGGUACAGGCCAUAUUAGCAAGUUUGGGAACUGGUUGACAAGAAAUCAAGAUAACCUGUUGGUUACCAUAUAAUUUAUUUUUAUUGCACCCUACUAUUUCUUAAGUUGGUUUAUGGAAUCUAUUUUAGCAUUUCACGCAGAACUAAUACCCCUCUGUGAACAUAACUCGGUUACGUAGAUGUUGACCUUGUUAAGUUCAUGCUGCCCUGGUCGUUGUUAGUCUGGUAUCUUGAGAUGUUACUGGUAAAUAUAGCUUGGUCCGUGCAUUUUCUUUAA